GCAGAGUGACAACAGAGCAACCUUGCAACGAGAUACAACCAGACACACACCACAUCUGCAUCCAAACAUCUUUCUCCCAAUCCGAAAAUGACGACAAAACCCAAAGUCCUCCUCCUCGGAACCAUAGAAUCCGACACAAAAGAAUGGGCCAAACUGCAAGAAAUCGCAGACAUCGUGACGCCGACGUCUCAAUCGCGAGACGCCUUCCUGGCCGAGUGUCGCAGCGGGGCACUCGACGGCGUGGUCGCGGCGUACCGGACGUUCUCGUCCGUCAAUGUCACGGGACUCGUUGAUAGGGAGCUGGUUGAGGCGCUGCCGCGGAGUUUGGGGUUUAUUAGCCAUAAUGGAGCCGGCUACGACCAAAUCGACGUCUCCGCCUGCACUGCGCGCAAUAUCCUCGUCUCCAACGUCCCCACGGCCGUCGACGACGCCACGGCGGACACCGCCAUUUUCCUCCUCCUCGGCGCGCUCCGCGGCUUCAACAAAGGCAUGUCUUCCUUACGCGCGGGCCGCUGGAUCGCCGACGUACCGCUCGGCCACGAUCCGCAGGGCAAGGUGCUUGGAAUCAUUGGGAUGGGGGGUAUAGGGAGUGUGUUUGCGAGGAGGGCGCUGGGGUUCGGGAUGAGGGUGCAGUAUUUUAAUCGGAAGAGGUUGGGAGCGGAGGACGAGAUUGAGGGGGUGGAUUAUGUGGGGUUUGAGGAGUUAUUGGCAACGAGCGAUGUCGUGUCGUUGAAUUUGCCGCUGAAUAACAACACAAGACACAUCAUCUCGACGCCCGAGUUCAACAAGAUGAAGCGGGGCGUCGUGAUCAUUAACACCGCACGCGGCGCCGUGAUAGACGAAGCGGCGCUCGUGGAGGCGAUAGACGCGGGCAUCGUGUGGUCUGUCGGGUUGGACGUGUUCGAGAAUGAACCACAGAUCCACCCUGGGUUGCUGUCCAAUGAGAGCGUCAUGUUGGUGCCGCAUAUGGGUACCCAUACGGUAGAGACGAGGCAGAAGAUGGAGGAGUGGACGAUUGCGAACGUGAGGUCAGCGGUGGAGACAGGGAGGCUGAAGAGUAUUGUGAAGGAGCAGGCGGGGUUGUAGGGAAUUGGGCUGUUGUGGUGGGAUAUGCUAAGAUACAACUAAGUUAAGCAUCAUUGUUCUUGAUGUCUGUCCUUUGGGGUUGAUGAAAAUUAAAAGCCAGUGAUAUGGUUGGCAAUGGAAGGGUGCAGUUAUGUGAUGAGGGACAAUGAGAAGUGAAAUACGCAUAAAUGUCUCUCCUGCCUGGAUACUAUCGUCAAAGUAUCCGCGCCAUUUAGUACAGCAAUCUCCUUGAUCUCAAGCAUCUAAUAAUACGCAGUAGUGGC